GUCAGCAGUGAGUGCCUAGUGCGUGCCGGUCCUAUUCAGGCUUUACAGUUAUGGUUUCAGCCGCAGGCGACGUAGGAUGAAUUGGGGAGCGGACUAGAUUGUCAGCGCUAUAGCGUUUGUGACUGUGAAACGCCCACACUGGCCGGAGGCCUAGCACCUGAUUUCCCAGCGGAAGCCAAGUGCAUGAGAAGCCCCGCCCAGCUGCCCUCCUACACUUCAGCUCCACAGGGCUGUCUAGUAUGGACCUCUUUGGACGAAUCUUCAACACUGUGAGUGCAGUUACCAACCUUUUCUCAAACCCAUACAAGGUACGUGAAGUACCACUGUCAGAAUAUGGGAGUAGCUCCUGCCUUCAAGAAGAUGGAAGAAUGCUAUUGUACAGAAACAGAACUGCUAAGUCAUUGGACUGUGUACUUGUGAACCCAAGUUCUCCACAGAAUGCCUACCGUCUCUUCCAGUUGGAGUCUGAACCUGAGGCUCUUUGCCGCUUUCAGGAAUAUGCAGUGAAGCUGCGGCCAUUCUAUGAGAGUUCUAGAAAGGGACUUUGUUUGGAAACUCUCCAGCAGCUGACAGACUGCAUACGGAGCCACCCAAAUUGGUCAUUAGCACAUGUGGCAGUGGAGAUUGGUUUGCGGGAGAGUUUUAAGCACAAUGGAAUUCUGAGGAGUUUAAACAGUACAGAGUGUGAUGGAGGGAGCACCCCUUUGCAUUUGGCCUGCAAAAAGGGGGACAUUAACUGUCUUCAGGAGCUGGUAGAGGAGUGUCAGGCUCGGCUAGAUAUUGCUGACCAAAAUGGAGAGACUGUUUACCAUCAUGCAGCACAACAAAACAAUCCUCGUGUCAUAGAGAUCCUGUGCUCUGUGCCAUCUGUGGGUGUAAACCACAAAAGCAACAACAACGAGACCCCUUUGCAUGUGGCCUGUCGUUUGGGGAAAACCGAGUUGGUACUGGCUUUGCUUCGUUGUCAUGCUCGCUGUGACAUCAUUGGGAAGGAUGGAUACCCCAUUCACACAGCAAUGAAAUACUCACAGAAAGAGUGUGUAGAAGCCAUACUGGAUGUGUCUGCUAGUCAGUUACAUGCAGAAGAUCCGCGAUAUCAAGCAACUCCAAUACACUGGGCAAAAAAUGCAGAGAUGGCACGCCUGCUAAUUGAACGUGGCUGCAAUGUAAAUACUUGCAGUAAAACAUUAGACACUCCGCUUCACAUCAUGGUAAAGAGAGACCGGUUUGAAGCUGCUAUGGUGCUUUUGACCAAUGUUGCAGAUCCUAAUGUCAAAGGGGAACAUGGGAACACUCCCUUGCACCUUGCUAUGAAGAAGGACCAGCUGGAGCUCAUUAAAGCCCUCAUGGUUUUUGGGGCAGAUGUGGAGCAGCACAAUGAUUUUGGGGAAACGCCAGGACUCAUUGCAGCCAGAUCAAGCAAAGGGAACAACCGAAAAGUGCUUCUCAGCAUGCUAUGUAACGUAGGAGCAGAUCGCUGUUUACCCCCUGACACCCAGCUUCCGCCAACAGCUACCUCCCCCUCCAGAGUGCCCCCCAUGGACAGCUCUAGCGGCAUAGGUUUUCGUGAUUUUGUCUAUGUUUCCACUGCCUUGAGUGGCAUGCUGGUACCACAAGAUACAGUGGAUUUUAGAGAAGAUGGCUUGCGAGUGAAAGACCGUCUUUUGUGUCUGGAUGGAGGAGGGAUUCGAGGACUAGUUUUGAUGCAGCUACUAAUUGCCAUAGAGAAAGCUGCAGGGCGUCCCAUAAGGGAGUUGUUUGACUGGGUUUCUGGAACCAGUACUGGUGGUAUACUGGCAUUGGCUAUUGUGCAUGGAAUGCCCAUGGAAUCUGUUCGUUGUUUGUACUUCCGUAUGAAGAACGAGGUUUUCCAUGGCUCUCGUCCCUAUGAGUCUGGCCCUCUGGAAGAGUUUCUGAAGAAGGAGUUUGGGGAGAACACAAAAAUGUCAGACGUCAGAAACCCUAAGGUUAUUGUGACAGGGACAUUGUCAGACAGGCAUCCAGCUGAACUGCACCUCUUCAGAAAUUAUGACCCCCCUGAAACUGAUCAUGAGCCUCCUUACAAGAGUGUUGCUUCCUUCCGCCCUGUAGCAACACCAGCAGAACAGCUAGUGUGGCAUGCAGCCCGCUCGAGUGGUGCUGCCCCUACUUACCUUCGACCAAUGGGCCGGUUUCUGGAUGGUGGACUUCUGUCUAAUAAUCCCACUCUAGAUGCAAUGACCGAGAUUCAUGAAUACAACACCUGCUUGAAAAAAAAGGGAAUGGCUGGGCAAGUAAAGAAACUUGGAAUUGUGGUCUCUCUGGGUACUGGGAAGCCCCCACAAAUUUCUGUCGGCUCAGUGGACGUCUUUAGACCCUCCAAUCCAUGGGAAGUGAUGAAGACUGUGGUCGGUGCAAGAGAGCUUGGAAAAAUGGUGGUGGAUUGUUGCACAGACUCUGACGGCCCAGCAGUAUCCAGAGCCAGGGCUUGGUGUGAAAUGAUAGAUGUUCCUUACUUCAGACUUAGCCCUCAGCUCCAAACAGACGUCAUGCUUGAUGAGGUUAGUGAUGCGGUGCUGGUGAAUAUGCUGUGGGACACUCAGAUCUACAUCUACCAGCAAAGGGAGGUCCUGCAGCGCCUGGCAAAGACACUUCUGGAACCUUAGCACAGUGGGGAUUGAGCAAUGAAGGAAGAGCCACUGGAUGGCCAGUUCUGAGCAGCUCACAACAGUAACAUUCUGAGAUCGAACUGGAAUAUUUGCUCUGUCCACCUUAAUACAGUUUUUUGGGGUAUGUGUAAUCCUCCAAAAACUGAUUUUUUUUUUUUUUUUUAAUGGAUGGGGUGCAGUGGUGAGCAUUGCAGUGGGGGCGUUUUGGGUUUGAUUCCAGUCAGGGAACUAUUUGCUUGAAUUUUGUUUGUUCUCCCUGUGUUUUUCUUGGUUUCCUCUGAGUACUUCAGUUUCCUCAACGUUCCAUAUUUCUGCUGUAUUAAUUUUAGGAUGAUAAUAAACACCUAUGAUAAUAAGGAGCCAGGAAACCAAUAUAGCUGGUACAGGUAUGGGCUCUCUUAUCCUGAAAUUGAAUAUCCAAAAAAGCUCCAAAUUACCUGAAGGGCGUCUCCCAUAUGGUUCUUUUAAGGGCAUGGCUAUCAACCCCAAGGCUAUCCUGCUGACCAUCUUUAUUUGUGUGGCUCCAGGCUUUAUCUGUGUCCUUUAGUUCAGAAGGAUCUGCUGUUACUUUCUAAAAUGGAAACAGAAGCUGAAUAAAAGCUGCUUCUUUGUACAAUGAAAGUAAUUUCUAACAUUCAUAUUUACAACAAAUUGCUCAUUUUUUAUGAUGGUUCUACGCUAAUAGAAUUUUAAUUGGUCUUCAAUUUUUUAUUACGUUUUUGACGUGUCUGCCUGUUUCUAGUUUAUAUCUAAUAUGCUAUAGUAUUUGAUUAGGAGUUUUAUUAUUCUUACUUACCCAUUGCCCAUAGGUUGGUUGCUAGGGUAAUUAAGCAUUAGCUACCAGACAGUUACAAUAAUAAGCCAUGAGAUUUUUAUAAUAAAAAAGUAUACAAAAUUAAAA